CCUCACGAGUUGCAAUACACAAUUCAUUGGCAGUUGCGACCCAUGCUUUAGGAGUGAACGAGGAAGAAUGGCGAAUACGCAACGCAAAGAGAGCGAAAGCGGCACAGCAAAACGCAGACCCGAGAAGCUCGCCCGACUGCCAGCCAAUGCCGCCGUGCACAAACGCCCUCUCCUCCACCCGCCCCUCCCCUCCCAGUACUCCAACGCCCAUCACCCGAAAGUCGUCUACAUCUCCACCAAAACCCCCUUCCUCUCCGCCGUCAAGCGCGUGGAGAAACUCCUCCGGCUCUCCGACAAGCGCCUCAUCCAAUCCGCUACCACACUCGCGAAGCAGAACUCCGGCAAACGGAAACGGGGAGGCGCGCCGGAUGAGAUUCUCGAGAUUGCCGAGACGCUGGAGUCGAAGCGGAAGAGGCGGAGGGUGGAGGAUGGGGGUGGAGGGGAGGAGGUGGUGAUGAAAGGGACUGGUAAGGCGAUUCAAAAGGUCAUGGAGUUGGGCUUGUGGUUUCAGCAGAGGGAGGGGUAUAGGGUGCGGUUAAGGACGGGGAGUGUGGGGGCUGUGGAUGAUAUCGUGUUGCAGCCGAGUGGGAAGGUCGUUGUUGGGGAGGACGAUCAUGAAGACAACCACGGUGCCGACAAGAACGGGGGCGGCAUUGCCCUGGAUUCGAUGGCGACGGACCAAAACGAGACACCACAAGUGCCACACGCAGAGCCCAAAGCGGCGAUCAAGGCGGGGAAGGAUACAGAGGAGAUACCGGAGACGAGGAUCCGGUAUACAAGCGUGUUGGAGGUGGCGGUGAGCUUACAAUAACGC